AUGCUUCGUCGUUUGCUCUCGAAGUCGGAGACUGUAGCCGGUUACGAUUCAGUUAAUACUGGCCAAGGAUUAUUCGCCGGGAGCGGAUUGAGACUGGCUUUGGUGACAAUUUUACUGUCGUCGUCGGGCCUCCUUCGACCCUCGACGCCCUCGGUAGCCGCCGCUCGUCACGGUCGUCAAAGGGCAUUCGACGGACUACGUCCCGGUAUGUUCGGUGAAGAGAAAUUGGCGAGUGUUGUUCCAACGGAGAGUCCGAGAGUUCACGAUGUUUACGGAUAUCAGAUCGGACGUUCCGGCCACCACACUACUCCCGCCCCUCCGUUCGCUGCGAAUUUUCGGCGUAAUAUCGAUCCCAACGACCAGCGUCGAGCCAGGCCCGGAAUCCACCGACGCGUGAACGACGAUUUUCAGGCCCCCGACACAAAGUCGACGGUUCAUCUUUCUCCCCCUGCAGAGCGAUCGGGCUAUAAAAAUCUGCAAGACACGCUACUCGACGAUCCUUGGUUCAACGACGAUAUCUAUCAGGAUCCAAAUCCCGCGAUCAACGUCAAUGACUACGCGUUCGUUGUCGCGCUGCGCGUCGACGAGGACAACGAUGACGGUGAAUUUCUGCCCAUUCCGGUCCACCGAAAACCAUGAAUAAUUACGUCGAGAUGCGGUUUACCGAUUAACCGUCGAUUGACUCGUUCACGUCCAUCCCGCAAUAACAACGAAGAACCGUCACAACAAUAUUCGCACGAGGACGAUCAGCAGGCUUGUUCUGGAACUGUGUAAUAAUAAAAUUCCAAUCAUUUUCGGA